CCCUCGUAGCCAAUUGGAGAGAGAUAAGGAGAGGACAAGGAAGCUGACAGCAUAAAAUACCCACUGCUGGAGCAGCACCUUGGUGUGUGUGGGCAAGCACUUUUUGCUAGCACUAGCACUGACAACAACACUUCACCCACCUGUGUACAGAAGCACAGCUACUGUAGCUACCCACCUAAAGUCAUCUGAGAGAAGAACGAGCGAGAGAGAGAGAGACAACACACCCAUUGAACACAGGCCUGGUCGGACUCCAUUCCACAGCUCUGCUCUGGACCAUGGUCCGUCAUACCACCUGUAUCAUGAGCAUCCCUUCCACUGCCAGCAUUGAGAGCCAGCUGCCCACAACAUGGAGCUCCUACCCCUGCCCAGACAUUUCCACAGUGAUGCCCGGUUACACCAGUCGCCUGUGGUCCCAGGACUACAAGCCUCAGUAUUGGUCAAAGUACCUGGUGUGGCAGUGGCUGCAGCAGAUGGUGGACAUGCACCAGAUUGACACUGCAAGCAUCCACUUCCAGAACUUUGACGUGGACGGCCAUCAACUGUGCAGCAUGACCUACCAGGACUUCACACGGGCCGCGGGCACCGUGGGGCCUAUCCUCUACCAAAGCCUCAACGAGCUCAAAUGGAGGGGGCAGUAUCCUGGAGUGGAGUUUAACCCACUGGACAUUAUCAAAUCAGAGCCAGAUGAUUUCCCUUGUCCAUUCCCAGAACCUAGCAUAUAUCCUGCAGACAUUUUUGAUCCCUCAUCUCAAUGUCUUGCACCUGUGGCAUCACCCACUACCUCAAGUCCAGACCGUCACCCUCAUCAGAUGAAAAAACACAACCCCCGGGGGACCCACCUGUGGGAGUUCAUUAGGGACAUUCUGCUGAACCCAGAGCGGAACUCAGGCCUGCUCAAGUGGGAGGACCGGACAGAUGGCGUGUUCCGUUUCCUCAAGUCAGAGGCUGUUGCUCAGCUGUGGGGCAAGAAGAAGAACAACAGCAGCAUGACCUACGAGAAGCUCAGCCGAGCUAUGAGAUAUUACUACAAACGGGAAAUCCUGGAACACGUGGAUGGCCGAAGGCUGGUCUACAAGUUUGGGAAAAAUGCACAAGGAUGGAGGGAGUCAGAAAAGUAAAAGAGUCUGGAGGACACCUCUCCACUAUUUUGUGCCUUUUUUUUUGCCUGUCUAUUUAUGUUUGUUUUUUAUUUUAAUGUGUCACUGUGAUGUUUUACUAUGUCGUUGUUUUACAAAGAGGAGCAAAAUGCCUUGUUGCAACUCUUGACAUUUGUGGGAGUUUUUGUAUGAUAUGUUUACAUUUGGUUAAGCAAGACUACAUUUUACAUUUAAUUGCUUACCCAGCUAGCACAUAAAUGUUCUAAGAACCAAAUGUUUCUUAGAGCUUGGUGACAGCGGGGUUGUCAUAUGGUUAUUUUGCAUACAACCUUCCUACA